UAUCACAGAUUCUCAGGCUUCCUUUAUUGUGUGUCAGAGCAUCGCCUGUUCUUGUUGAGGCAUUUCAAGAAGUGGGAAGGUCCUGAGCAAUAUCAUAACUUUCAGUGACCUUGCUGAGUGUCAGCCAUGCGCACUUAGUGGGAAAGACACACAGGGAGACAGCAGACUUCUUCUUUCCGAGCUCUGUGAGUUAUACCCACUAAACCUUCCUUUUGCAGCCACUGGAGACUUCAAAAAGCCUUAUUUAUAUGAAGGAGUAACAUCGGCAAGGGUGCAACGCUGAAAACAUCAGGUCUGCAGCAUAAAGGAGUGAUUUUUCUUUUUUGUCGGGGAGUCGUGAGACGGGCCUCGAUCUGCCACGAUGUCGUCCCGCACCGGUCUGCGGAUGAUGUUAAUGCGGGAGCAGCUGCAGAAGGAGGAGCAGCGGGAGAAGGAGCAGCAGCAACAGGCAGCUAUGCAUUUCAUGCAACAGCGCAUGCCAAUCAACACCACACCUGCCAUCAAUGUCAGCAACUCCAUCCACUACCAGUCACGGCCGCAGGUUCCUGUCGAGGUUUUAAAGGUCGAGACUCACCUGGAGAAUCCCACCAAAUACCACAUCCAGCAAUCACAGAGGCAGCAAUUGAAGCAAUUCCUCUCCACCAACUAUGGCAACAAGAUGGCUACGCAGUCCCUCGGACACUCACACUCUCCUCAACCUUCAACCAUUUCGCCUGGCAUGAGGAACGAUCAUGGGUUGUCUGGCUCCACUGGAAACAGUGCCCCUAACAGCCCCAUGGCCAUGCUGAACAUUGGCUCCAAUCCAGAACGAGAGAUGGAUGAAGUAAUUGAUGAUAUAAUUAGCCUGGAAUCCAGCUAUAACGAUGAUGUUCUUGGCUACAGGGACCCCAUUGUUCAGAUGCCAAAUACUUUGCCUCUAUCCAGUAGCCACAUGGAUGUCUACACAAGCCAUGCAGUUGCAGCACCUACAAGCACUUCGUGUCCUGCCAAUAUUGCCAUUAAAAGGGAAAUAUCAGCAUUUUGUCGCACUGUCCUGAUUGGUUGUCUAUGUUUUUGGCCAGAUGCAGAAGCGCGAGCAUUGGCUAAAGAGCGACAGAAGAAAGACAAUCACAACCUCAUUGAACGCAGGCGAAGGUUUAACAUUAAUGAUCGGAUAAAAGAAUUGGGACUGUUAAUCCCCAAAUCCAAUGACCUGGAUGUUCGUUGGAAUAAGGGGACGAUACUGAAAGCUUCGGUCGAGUACAUCAAACGACUCCAGAAGGAGCAGCAAAGAACCAGAGAGAUGGAGGGCCAAUCAAAGAGGCUGGAAAUGACCAACAACCACCUGCGGUUUCGCAUUCAGGAACUGGAGAUGCAAGCUCAGGCCCAUGGAUUGUCCACCGUCUCGCCCUCAGGGCUCAACACAUCAGAGAUCCUUAGCUCUUGUGUCAAACAUGAAGAGAAUCCAAUGGACUCACUUCAACAGCCGCACCUGAACCAGCAUCACCAGCAGCCUCCUCAAAGCCAAAUGGAUUUUGCUCAGUCCUUUGGCUUUUGUGACACCAUGUUGGGCUACGGUGACCCCAUGAACCAAUUUACUGACCUCUCCUUCAACGUUCCCACCAAAAAGGAAUACCAGCUGGAUGACAUGUUAAUGAUGGACGACACACUCUCUCCCUUGGGGAAGGACCCCUUGCUCUCCUCGGGGUCACCAGAGGCUUCCAAAGCAAGUAGCCGAAGGAGCAGCAUUAGCAUAGAAGAUGGUGACAUUCUGUGACACAGAACAUCUGGCAUUAAAACUACAAUGCGCGUGUAAAACUGUUGGAUGGGCAAGAUGGGGAGAUGCCAGCAUUUUGAGGUUCAGGAAUUUCUUGAACUCCUCUUGAUUUUAAGAAUGUGUCAGAAGUUGCUCUUUUUUUUACUGAUUUUCUGGGUUUGAAGAUUUUCACGUCCUUUUGCAGGCCAUAUUUUAUAGUGAUUUUGUGGAGUCUGCCUACCCUUCUUCUUCCCUAUCAACAGUGUGACACUGGUGGAAAGUGCUGCACCAUAUCUAUGAGAGCACCUCCACCACCUCUUCCUCUCCCAACACUGACCAACAUACUCCCCCGAGUAAACUACUGAUCACCCAUCUUUUAAGGAAGGGGUUGGGUUCAAGUCUGUGUUCAGCCACAGUUUGCAUUGUGAAAGUCCAUCAGAGUUUGGUGUUACUGAGCAGAAGUUGGGGCUGGGGUUGGAGAUGGGGUUCUAUUUAAAAAUUGAGAUUUCAAAGGUCUCUUUUGAGCUGGGCGAUUAAAAUUCCUAUGAUCCUUCACUAGUUUGUUGGGCUGGUGUGGCUUUUGGAGCUGACACUGGAUCCAUACACUCAGGACAACCCAAGAUAUGAUUCCUUGAUACCACUGCUUUGGCUGAUCUGUGCCAGGAAUACUGUUAGGCUCAGUAUCCCUGGACGAGAAAGUCCUAGUUUUUGAACAUUAUCCUCGGGUAGAAAAUGAGUGUGUGCGCUUUAGUGUCGUGUAAAGCCAGGGUUGGACUCAAAUCUCAUUCCCUCUUCGUUAAGCCCAUUUUCCCCCAAUUUAGAUAACUUGCGAGGAGUCUCAGUGCACAUUCACAAAUGAAUCAGCUCUUUCAGCUGAGCAAAGCAGGUAACUGGAUAAAUGAAGUUUCUGCAGUCCCGGUCAUAUGCAAAUGAAUUCACCAAUCUCCAGGGUUGAGUUUUAUGGUGGGAAUGUGUGCGAGUUUAAAAUGGUGGGAUGAUAUUGCCCUGUAUUUCUGAAUUAUUCCUACUGCCCCUGCCAUUUUAGUCCAUGAGUCCAGGCACAGGAAGGCCACUGGUUGAGUGAGGGUCCUAUUUUAGUGACAAAGUUACGUCAGGAUGAUGACCCUGUGAUGUGCCCAGAGUUUUAAUCACAGGUCCGUGCAGCCUCUGAUGAAGAAAGAUCCCGGCCAGAGGAGACCCAGGUAUGGGAGAACCAGAAGUGACUCAUCCUGGCCCCAAGGGCAUUUUAAAGCCUCAGCUCCUGUGCUUUCACCUCCUACUGAUCAAAGCUGCCCCUCACCCAGUAUUUAUUUACCUGAUAAGGGGCCAUUUAUCCCAGUCCAUGGCAGCUGCUUGAUGCACCUCACCAACUUAACAUCUAGCUCAGAGGUAUGGAAUCCUCCAUUUCCCCAUCAUUGUAACCCCUUGCAGAUAUACAACAAACUGUAAUCCGAUCUCUGCACAAGUUUUAGCCUGUGAUUUACAGCCAUCUUUUUAUCCACAACAAAAAAAACUGCCAAAGAAACAUCAAGACCAAAUGCGGCACUAAUAGUACCAAGGCCCAGACUUGGUGGAUGUGACAACAUUGACCUGUGUAGGCAGUGACGAGUUUCUGUGUUAUAUGGAUACUGAUUAAUUACAAUGUGCAUUGGAGUACUGGAGCUGAUCUGUUUAAACAUAAUAGAGGCAAUGCUUAAAGUUUGUUAAAUAAAUGGCUGGGAGAUCUUGCUGACCAUGACUGAGGUCUUCCAAGACUGGAGCUCAGAUCACGAGGAGCUGGCUUGUUAAAUUCGGCCUAUGUAGAGGAGGAGACCAUUUGUAGCUGCUCCACCCCUUCAAAAGAGCUAUCCAAGUAGUUCCACAUUCCCUGCUCGUGCCCCAAGAGCAAUGCAAACAUUUCCUUUUCAAGUACUUUGUGCCAGCAAUAUUUGCCCGGUAUGUGGCUUCCCUCCCUUCAGUGUAAACUUUCCAUGUCAUUGGUGGGAAGCUCCAUGUAGAUGCCUACAAAAUAAGGUUUGCAUGGCUGUUGGCCUGUUGACCGUAAGCCAAUCAUUUGGCAAUCAUCCAAAGCAGUUUUUAUCUUGCUUAAAGAGAAAACAAACCAUUAUGGGGAAUUCAAAAUCCUUAAAAUUCUUUAAAUCUUUUCAAAGUUGGGAAUUCCUGUUCUUUGUCCCUUGGGGAAAACAGACCCAGAUUUAUGAUUUUGGUACUAUAACCUCCGAGCUGCUGGCAGAAAGAGCAAGCUAUCCAAAACAUCAGUGAAUGUAAUGUGGGAACCCUGGCGCCCCUUCACGUCCCAACAAGGGAUUUACUAAAAUUACACAUAAAGUGAUGGAGUUACUUGGCAGUCUUUUGCUUCUUUACUUCACAGACACUUCUUUUCUUGGAGUGCUCAUCCUGAAGAAGUUCUGAUUUUGUCAUCAGCAUUAAUGUCUGUCUCUAUUUCUUUGUUCACCUUCAUUACAUUCAGUUUCCCUUGCCUUUGAUCAAAGUUUGCUGCCGCUGUCACAUUUUUUUUUCUCCUGAGCAAUUCCAGCACUUUUUAUUUGAGAUUUCCUGCAGGUAUUUACUGGGGUGGGGUGGAAAUGGGGUAGACAACUUGUGUGUUCUGUUUGCAAGGGUCACGAUUUACGAUGGCCUGUAGCUCGCACUCUUGGCUCUGAAGCAGAGAAUUGUGGGUUCAAGCUUCAUGCAAGAGAAUGAAGCCCGUAACCUAGGCUGACAUUCUACUGCUGCACUAUCAGCGAUGACAGCAUUUGGACGAGACACUGACGCAAGACUUGAACAGGCACCACUGCUUUGCUCUGCUGAAAGGACUGAUUCACUUGUGAAUGUGGCCUGCUCUCUCGUCUCAGCUAGAUCUAAAGGUUCUGCAGCAAACUAUGAAAGAAUAGCAGGGAAGUUCCUCAGAUGUUUUGGCCAGUGUUCAUCCUUCAGACAACUUUACCAAAAUGAGACCACAUGGGGAUUAACCUCAUUGUUGUUUGUGGGAUUUUGCUGUGCUUAGUUGGCUGCUACAUUUCCUGCAACAGAACAGUGACUACACUUCAGAUCUACUUCACUGCCAAUGAAGUGUCUUGGCUCACCCUGAGUUUCUGUAAACCAGCAGAGAAAUAUAAUUUCUCUCUUUCCAAACUUCCUGCUAUUUCUGAAAAUGUGCUGAAGAAUUAGAAGCAGGAUUCCUGCUCAUUUUGAGUGAAUUAUAAUAGGGAGCUGUAUUGGAUUUGUAAAGUAGUCUGUAAUAUAAUGCAGAGUUUUAGAGUGUAUUGGAAACCUGGAAUGGAGUCAAGCAGACUGCGAAUGUUACUUGUAUCUUGAGAUUGUGUUCCAUCCACUAUCAAAUCUUCAUUUUUUUCUGUUUUCCACUGCCAAUGUCUGUACUAAUGGUUGGAAAGCCUUUUGAAUCAUGUUAAGCUAUUGAUUUGCAUUUGGAAAUGUCUAUCUUUUGGUAUCUUAUAGCACAAGGAAAGUUCUUGAGCACAUUGUUGCCCACUACCAUCACCACUUCACCUUCCGAUGUUUGAAAAUUAUAGCCAAUGUGUGUUAUAUUAACAGGAGCAGGGGUCAUAGUUGUUUGCAUAUGGGUGUGACUGACAAGAACAUUUAUUUCCCACCCCUAUCUGAUCCUCAAGAAGGAGGUAUUAAGCAUUCUUCUUGAACUAUUGUAGUUUGUGUGGUGAGAGUCCACUUUGCAAUGCUGUUGUAGGGAAUUCCAUGAUAUUGAUCCAGCUGUAAUGAAAUCCUGGCCAAGACAAUUCCAGUUGGGAUAACUUGUACCUUGGAGGUGGUGGCCUCAUGCAUCCACUGUCCUUAUCCUUCUGGGUAGUUGAGUUGAUGUACAAGGAUGAUUCGUAUUGUGUGUGGCUGGAUUGUAGGAUAUGGGCCUUAGCCACUUGUAAGCUCUAGCAAUGUACUUUGAAGGAGCCACAUGUGAUCCAGUUGCUAGGAAACUCAUUAGGUCCCAGUGAAUUGCUGCAGAAUUAAAGCAAGGUUCUGUUCUCCGUUUCUCUCUGAAGAGUAGUGUGAUCCUCAGAUUGGCCUAUAACAUUGCCUGGCUCUAUUUGUGUCAUGUAUAUUUGCAUACCAAGGCUCUAUGCUCUGAGAAUCACACCUCCAGUGUAUCAGUCAACAGCAUAUGGCUUAAGCCAUCAAAGUAUUUGGGAGUGCCCAACUUUUUAUUUUGAUGGCUUAAGGCAUAUGCUGUUGUCAUGGGGUAAUCUGAACCACAUUCAGAGUUUAAAUCCCAUUCAUGUUGUUUUUCAAAUUACUGAACCAAAUUUAAUCUUUGCGUUCUAAUUCGGGCUUUAUCUUCCAAUAAGGGAGUAGCAUCAAGGACCUUCUCCUACCCCUUCCCCUCCAGGCUGUUGAAGAUUAAGCUGGAUAAAUCAGUCAGGAAGAACUACCACAAAGCUGAAGUGAGCCGUGAGGGUAGAUCAGGAGGGCUUUUGAGCCACCUGCUUCUGGAGAGUUGUUGGAGGUCCUGCCACAGUUUGUGGUUGUGGUUUCAGUGAGAGUUCGAUCAUUCGUGAUAGAGAGUAGGGGACAAAGUCUCAGUGUCUAGGGACUGGUUUGACUCACCAUCUGGGUUCAGUUCUUCCUUCACUCCCACCUCCACCGCACGCCCUUCUAGCUCCUGCCACCAAAUUUAGAUACUGGUCGCUUUCAACAUUUCUUGCAGCCAACACUCAGCUUUUGUUACUUUGCUAUGACUUGAGAUAGGAUAUUUUCUACAUUGUGAGUGAUUUCAUUUCAUUUGAAAAUCAAUAAACUGCAGAUGCUGGAAAUCUGAAAUAAAAACAGAAAGUGCUGGCGACAAUCAACAGGUCAGACAGCAUCUGUGGAUAGAGAAACAAAUCUUAUAUUUCAGGUCAAGGAUAUUUCAUCAGAAUGGAUGAGGAGUCUUCAACCUGAAAUGUUAACUCUAUUCUCUUUCCACAGAUGCUUCCUGACCCGUUGAGAGUCAUCAGCAUUUUCUUCUUUCUUUCAAUUUGUUCAUGGAAUUUCUGCUUUUGAAUCAGUGCUUUAGGUAUCCAGAUUACUCAGAAACAGCUUAACCAUCGGUUACUAUUCCCAAAUAAAAAAGAAAAAAAUACUGGAAACACUUAGCAGGUCAGGCAGCAUCUGUGCAAAGAGAAAGAGGCCUCGGGCCACUGUUUCAGGUCUAUUUCAAGUCUGGGGCACUGAGGUUCUGAUGAAGGGUUUCAGACCUGAAGCAUUUUCUCUUCCUGCUGUCUGACCUGCUGAGUGCUACAGCAUUUUCUGUUUUUAUUUUGGACUUCCAGCAUUUUUAGUUUUUUUGGUUUUCAUUUUCUGUUACAGUUUCCGACAUAAGUGUGAUUUCCUGUUGCAGUUAAACAGUUCAGCAGCAAAUGUCAAAACCUUGAUGGAAAUACCCAGAUGGUGUUGGUGUCCUGUUCACAUAUGACAUUAUUGUGACACAGUUUUUUUAUAGCCGUUUUAGGGGCUUUAACCCUCCCACCGCAUCCAAACCCUUUCAUCCAACCUUCCUCACUUACCCUGUGUCAGGUGGAAAUUAGAAUCCAAAUUCAGAUUUAUGCUGUAGCCCAUAUAUACCCAUUUUCACUUGUGGCCUAUCUCUGGUCCUCUAUUUUCCCAUUUUGACCUCCUAUUGACCAGUCAUAGAGUCGUACAGCACAGAACUGGGCACUGCGGCCCACCAUGUCCAUGCUGAUCAUUUUGCCCAUUUGCCCACAUUAGAACCAUAUCCUUUUAAGCCUUACCUAUUUGUCUCCCAAAUGCCUAUUAAAUGCAGUAUAAUUUUAUCGUAUUCCACCAUCUUCUGUGGCAGCGUGUGUAAAACAAAAAGACGAACACUUAAGAUCCCCGUUAAAUCUCCUACCUCUCACCUUAAAACUAUGACCUCUUUUGGUAUCCCUUCAUGGGAGCAGUAAAAUGGUGAAGUUUGGAUGAAGCAAUGAAUUAAAACAACAACAAAUUCUAUUUACAAAGCACCUCUAACUUAGUAGGAUGUCCCAAAGAGCUUCAGAAGAACAUUAACAAACAGAAAGUUGAUAUUGAGCUUCACAUAGAGAUGUGUUAGCGCAGGUGAUUAAAACACCUGAUCGAGGAGGUUGGUCUCACAGAGCAAGAAGGAGAGCAAGAGAUUCAAGGAGGAAAUUUCAUGGCUUGGGAGCCAGCCAGCUGAAGGUAUAGUGCUCAGUGGUGGGGUGAUGAUGUUCUUGGAUGGAGAAGGCCUAGAACUGGAGGAAACACAGUGACGUCAAUGGAUUGUAAGGGCUGCAGGAGAUUAUGGAGAUAUGUUAGAAUGAGGCCCUGGAGAGUGAGAAGAACACGAGGAUGAGAAUUUCAGAACCAAGCUAUUGCAGGACCAGGAACAAGUGUAUGUGAGUGAGCACAGGGGUGAUGAUAAACAGGGUGAUGCAGGUCAGGACCGCAUGUAAGCAGAUUUAACUCAACCAGCUGUUUACAACCUAGCUAACUGCAAGCUCCCUUGAAGGCAAUGUAAAGUAAAGUUUGACUUCACGUGCUGAAUCCUGAUUUGGAACAAAUUCCCUACUGUCUGUAAAUCAUGAUCAACAGGAAAUCUGACUGAAGCAAAGGUUGGGCUCUGAAAUUUAUCAUCAUGAAGCUCCCCUUCAGGUUUUGAUCUAGUGGUCUGUCCAGUAAAAUACUGAGGGAUUCCUUCAGAUGAAAUACCAAACAAAGAAGCAUUGGAUGCUGAGCUGUGCUGGAGCAGUAUAAGAGGCAAAAAACAGGGUUAACAUAGGGAGUAGCAUGGACAUUUAAAGGGACAGGCCACUGGAAGCUCAGGCUACCUUGUGGACUGAUGGAGGUGUUCUGUGAAGCCAAUCUCGUUCUUUGGCUCUUUGAGCAUUUCAGAGAAGUUCAAAGUGGGCUUGAGGGACUCUGACUGGGCAUGUUAUAGUCCUCAGGACUUAACAUUGAAUUCAACAAAUUCGGAUAAACAGCCUUCCAGUUUAUCAGAACCAGCCAGUUCUGAUGAAAGCUCAUCAAAUUGUAAAGUUAACUCUGCUUUUCUCUCUCCAUGGACUCUCUCUGGCCUGCUGUGUAUUUCUAGCAUUCUCUUUAAUUUCAGACUCCAGGAACUGCAGUUGUCUGUAUCUCAGUUCCAGCAUCAUUUCUCUAUCUCACGCUGUUUUAUUUGUCUUCAUCUAUUACCAUCACCUUCAUACAGAUCACCUGUGAUUAAGAAGCCUUCACCUCCCUCUCUCAGCCGACGUCAGCACCAUUUGUCUCAUUCGUUCUCUCUUGGUCUCCAUCCUAUCGCAGACAUUCCCUUUGUUCUCUCCAUCCCUCCCUCUUUCUUUUAACUUAAAACAUGUUUGAUUUCUAACCUUUCCUAGCAUUUCUCUCAUUGAUGUUUUGGGAUCUUGCUGUGUACCAAGCAACUAUCAGAACUGCCUCUUUGUUAAUUCAAAGCAAUUCAUUGACAGAUCCAGCUUUGAAAUGUUGCAAAGUUAUAGCAAGGUCAGAGGUGCAAAAUAAGUGAAAAAUGUUCAUAAGAUAUUUAAAGAAAUGUUUAUCUUGUAAAGAAUGCAAAUUAUGUGCCUGUUAUAGAGUCAAAUCUCUAGUGACUACGGUUUACCAAUGGAUUCCUGAAAGUUUGCUGCCUCCAACUGGCCUGGCCCCCAGACUCCUACCCUUGGUUCUACAAUGUGUCCAUCCCUUGCAGUGCCUUUUACCCACAAAGACAGAGUCAGCAUGGUUCAAUGUUGCCUGGCUGUCAGUCAAGCAUUCCUUUCAUCCCAUUUUGCAAAUAUUUUCAUCACCAAUAAACAUACAUGUUCAAAGGGUAAAAUUUAACAGCUUGUUUUUAUUGAUGCAUGAGGUUUCCCCUGAGUUUUGCUCACAGGAGUGUCCUGGAGAUUAAGGUUUAAUGCCUGGGGACUCCAGGGCACUCCUGGAGUAUUGGCAAUGCCUUCCAGUAUUCCUGUGGCAUUCACUGGUAAACUAAGAGUGAUUUUGUCAAUUGCUCCAUGCUUGAGUGGUUUGUCGGCCCCAGUUUUGUGCAAACAUUAACUUGGAUGGGAAAUUGUGAUUGGUUAAAUCACAUGCUUUCCUGACUCAACUCUCAGCAUGGAUGCUUUGCCUUCAAGCUUCAAAGCUCACAGAUCUUAGUGGGGAAUUGCAGGGAUUGUGGGCGAACAUCCAUAAGUUGGUUUUAUUUUAGAUGCAAAGUAGGGUCAGGUGAAAUGCUGCAGACGCAGGCUUUGCUGUGUCAAAUUUCAUCUCUGCCUUCUCAAAUUAAGGUGGGAACAUAAGGUAUUGGGUGAUGUUCUCCGAUCUAAUCCUACUCAAUUCUUGCUUCCCCUGAAAAUCCCUCCAAUUCAGAAUUUGCUCUAAGGAUCGGCGAUAGGGUGGGAGUGGAAAUGAACAGUUAGAUCCUCUCACUAUGGUAGAAGUGGAAAUGGGUUUCCCAGCUUGUAAGUUAAUUUGUCCAUGCUAGCUCCCACGCUAGUCUGCAAUUAGAAUCAUUCAUAAUUUUCUCAGAGUGGUAAAACAAAAUCCUUCUUUGCUAAAAUAAAUGGUUCUGAAAUUAAUAUAAAGCAUUUAACAGGGUUGGAGUCCGACACUGACCCACAUGGAAGCCUUCUUCAUUCUACUAUGACUGUUAAUUUUUAAGUAUUUUUUCAACAUGGCUAUGCAAAUGCUUUUGAGCAUGUUUUGAAAUAAACAUGCACUCUCUCCUACUUCGGUCUUCUCAACCAGUUCACAGGUAAAACAACCCAUUAUAUUUUCCAAGUUGUGUUCUUUUUGUAAUGCAAAGGAAUGGAAAACCUACAAUGGUGACUUUACACAUUGUUGAUGAAAAAACGUUUAUAGUGUGAGCAUCAUGU